AUAGAUAAUGGAAGAACCUUUCUGUCUCCUCAAAAGUCGAUUCAUGGCUUGACCCUUCAAAAACUCUCUUUUUAGUGAAACCAAAGGUACUCUUUUGCCAGGAAAAGCUCCUUUCUUGACAAUGGAGGACUCCUCAAAUUCCAUUGUCGAAAAAAGAGUAGAGCUUAUGGUUUCACCUGCUGGUAAGAACGUUAAACUGAGAACGGGCCAUUUCAUCAAACCUUCCAUUGGCUCAGGCUCUAUGGAUGGAACAACAGUUGCUAAGCACCCAAGACACUAUCUUUCCUCUUCACUAACCACUUUUGAGCCCAAGAAACGGCCUUUAGAAGUCAAGUUCCAUGGCUGGAUAUACCCACAAAAGGAUUGGAAAACUUGGGUUGUCAAGAUGGCUUCUUUGCAUGAGUCUACAUGGAAGAAAGCUGGUAUUUCUGAAGCUAUCAUGAAUUCUACGUAUAGGAUAGAAAGAAACAACAAUUUGGUAUUUGGGGUUGCAGAAAAAUGGUGCCAUGAAACCAAAAGUUUCAUCUUCUCUUGGGGUGAGGCAACUAUCACAUUGGAAGACGUCAAAAUCCUGGGGGGUUAUUCUGUGUUGGGGUCCCCUGUUUUUACCCCUGUUGAAACAGCGGAAAUGAAGGAGAUAAGAGAGAAACUUAAGAGUGCAAGGAAAGAAAUCUAUAAGAGUACAUGUAAAAAGGCCUGCCAGUAUUUAUGGAUGAGGAAAUUCAUGCACAGUGAUGAUAGCACAGUCGAGCAUGAGGCUUUUCUUGCAUUAUGGUUAUCAAGGUUUGUUUUGCCAUCGUCUUUUAAUACUGUUGUUGAAAGUGUUUUCUCUAUUGCUAUACACCUUGCUAGGGGGACUAGAUUUGCACUUGCACCUGCUGUUCUUGCUAAUAUUUACAGAGAUUUGAGUUGGUUAAAGCAAAAUAUUGUUGCUUCAACUCAGUUAGAGUCCAAUUAUGAUGAUGGAAAUGUUGCACUAGCAAUUACCCUUUGGUCACCACUUGCACUAGUCCAGGUUUGGAUCUGGGAGAGAUUUUUGGACUUACAACUGAGGCCUAAUUUGAUUAAAAAUGGUGAGCCAAGGUUUGCUUUGUGGAAUGGCCUAAAUUGCGAAGUGCAAGAUGUGUGCUCAGUUCUAGAUUCAGCCGAGGAAAGGUUUGUUUGGCGUCCUUAUGUUAGGAAAAUAACAAACUGUGAUGGUGCUAAGUGUUAUGGAGACAAUGGAAUGUGGAUAUUGCUUGAUUCAAAGUUAGAUGAUGAAUUGCUGUCAUUUGCUCGAUGCUUGAGGGUUUCGGAGCUAGUUGGACAUGACUGUAUAGAGCAGUACCUUCCACAUCGAGUAGCACUGCAGUUUGGAAUGGAUCAGGAUAUUCCUGGUUGUGUUCCCCGAUCAAAUGGUACUCCUGAGAUUGCAUGGGCUGAUUACAAUAAGUCUGUUGAUGGUGGGAAGUUGUAUAUUCCGCCCAGGCUUUUUGAGGCAGAUGUUACUGCUCAGUACUUGGAGUGGUGGAAGCAAUCAGUGUUGAACCCCCAAGAGGUAAGUAAAAAUGUGUUAAGGAUGAGUGAAGGUAAUGGCUUUCUGGGUUCUGAAAUAAACACAAAGAAAUCAAAAAGAGCAAAGGAAGGUACAUUUACUUCAACUAGACCUGAUUUCUAUCAUAAGAUUUUGAAUCGAUCUCGCCGGCUUUUAACACUAAAGGAGGAAGGUAAAAAUGCCACUUCUGAUCUCGGUUAUCCACUGAAAAAAUUGAAAAAGCUAGUUCAGUAUCCAAGAUGGAAGAAGGAAGUUCGUAAUGCAGGUGUUGUGGCCCAAAGCUCAAAAAGAAAGAAGAAAGGCAACAAUGCUUCAAUUCCUCAUGAAUUUCCUCCAAAGGGCUCGAAAGGUCUAGCAUUUGCUUCAGCAGUAAACAAUGACGAUAAGAAUGAGACUACUUCAGCUAGCUCUCUUUUCAAGCCUUUAAAAGACCCACCGCCUAAUUUUGUAAUUCAGAAGGACCUUAGUAGUUCUCCAUUUCCUCCUGGUUCUCCUCCCAAAGAAUGUUUGGUGCAAACCAAGGGUUCUGUUAAUGAAGAUAAGGUGACUCCCUCAGUUUCUACUGGUUUUCCUCCCAAAUGCGUAGAUGAAGAUGAAGUAACUCCUCUAGUUCCUCCUAGUUUUCAUCUCAAACACAAUAUGGUACUGGAAGCCAGGGGUUCUGUUAACGAAGGUGAAGUAACUGCCUUAGGUACUCCUGAUUUUCCUCCUAACCACGAUACAAUGGAAGUCGGAGAUUCUGUCAAUGAAGGUGAAGUGACUGCCAAAAAAACAUUAAGACCUGCUAGUAAGCAUGACAGUAUGGAGAAUAUGGAGAAUAAAGAGUGUAGAAAUGAUGAGAAGUCAGUAAGUUAUCCUCGAAGUCGUUCUAUGGAUCCUCAUGAUAAAGAUAAACUGACAUUGCUAGAUCUCGAAGCAAGGAUUGGCCGGCUGGAAAGACUGGUUGCUGAGAUAAAAGCAGCAAGAAAAGGUUAGUCAAUGGUAACAACAUGAGCUACCUUGGUUUAGUCAUUUUUCUGUAAAUAUCUGAAUCAUUAGUCAGAUUGAACUUGAUGGAAGUAGAAUCUGUGGUAGAUCAUCAGCUAGAUAUGAGAGUACAUGUUUCAUGUAAACUUAUGUUUUUAGUUGGUAUUCAUCUCAGUCAAAACAAUAGCUCUAAUUACUUCAA